AAAAUUUUAGGUAAAGAUUUUCUGCGCAGACGCUCGAUGCCAUGUAAAAGCACUUUUAUGGAGGGAAAUCCAUGAAGAAAGGAGUUCAAAACAAUUCAGUAGGUUAGAAUCGAGCGGAAAUAUUGGAAAACGUCAAACGAAAUGUUCUAAACAACAGAAAGAUGACACUUAAAGUGAAUUAAAGUUUUAAUGAAAUAUGGAUUCAAGUAACACAGAGUUCCUUGGCGAGAAGCAGCUGGUAAACAUAGUGCCGAAUUUUAAUUUGGAUAUGAUUUAUCUGAUCUCUGGUUCAGUUGGACCGUUUCGCGCCGGUUUGCCUGUCAAAGUGCCAAUUUGGCUCGCCGUAUGUCUCAAGCAGAAACAAAAGUGUCGUAUAAUUAGCCAAGAAUGGAUGGAUAUCGAAAGUCUAAAUGAGAGAAAGGAGAUGGAAAAGAUGUCCAAGUUGUUUACGGAGAUGCCAAGCAAUCAUUAUAUAGACGAGAGUCAAAUCUUAUUAAAUGUGGCAAACGACGAUAUACCUGAUGCAGAUCGUAUAAGGAUAUCUGUAAAGGAUAUAUGGGAUACAAGAAUGUCUAAAUUACGGACAUCUGUUGAUGCUUUUGUGAAGAGCGAAGGGGUGCAUGCAAGACUGGAUCAUCUUACUGCGAUGGAAAUUAAUAGUAUACGUCCAUUACUGCCACAUGCAUUAGAUCAAAUGUUACGGAUACAAUCUGCAAAUACAGGAGAAACUAAUUCUCAAUACAGUGGAAGUAUGUAACAGGAGAAAAUAAAUAUGAAAUUAUUUAUAUAGUAAUGCUAUUAUUAUAUUAUCAGUAGAAAUGAAUAUUUUUAGAAUUUUUACACUUUAUUAAUUUUACAAUUAAAAUAUCAUUACUUAAAAAAAAAUCUUA